GGCUUCUCUCUAUGGUCAAAGAUGGUGGCUUGCUGAAAGCGGGUAACCUGUACUACACCUGCAGGCGGCCUGCGACCGCCCGCCAUGGCCCGCCUCCCGAAGCUGGUAGUCUUCGACCUGGAUUACACUCUCUGGCCGUUCUGGGUUGACACUCACGUGGAGCCCCCAUUCCAUAGAAACAGGGAUGGGAAUGUGCGGGAUAGCAACGGGAAGAUCAUUAGGCUAUACCCAGAGGUGCCCGCUGUCCUGGAACGUCUGCAUGGCCUGGGGGUGACUGUCGCGGCUGCCUCCCGGACCGGUGAGAUUCAAGGAGCCAAUCAGCUCUUGGAGCUUUUUGACCUCACCAAAUAUUUUGCACACAAGGAAAUCUAUCCAGGCUGCAAGAUCACACACUUUGAGAGAUUGCAGCAGAAGAGUGGCGUCCCCUACUCUGAAAUGAUCUUCUUUGAUGACGAGAAGCGGAACAUUGUAGAUGUCAGCAAACUGGGUGUCACCUGUAUUCAUGUCCAGAGUGAAAUGAGUCUGCACACUCUGACUAAAGGCCUAGAAACAUUUGCAAAGUCUUGAGAGAAACUCCCAGAGUCAGCCCUGCAGAUGGGAGCCCUGGCCACGGACCCCAGCAGGAAGAGAACAAGAAUGAGGAAUGCGUUUUCAGGUCAUCUGUGAAUUGUAUAAAACAUUUGUGUGUGAGCAUACAAGACCCUUCCCUUGGUGUCAGUCCUCUUUGUCCUCAUGUGGGCCAACAACACUGCCUAGGACUGAUUCCAGGCUUUGCUUCCCAGUGUCGUCUGUUCUUUGCUGUGUUACCACAACCUCCCUUCCUCAUGGCAAAUAAAACUUUCUGUGACAUA